GUGAACGCGAUAUAGAAGGGCCCUUCAUAUCCAGAAGCCCCGAUAUCCUUGCGAUCUACCUAUAGCUUAUCCUGUUGAUUUGAGACCCUUCCACGAUAUCUUUUUCCUUUUUUCGUACGCGAUGGUGCGGGGUAUGCAAACGUGAAUGGUCAUUCUAUUCCCACCCGCGCAGACAAUAUCACCUUUGCGCCUGGCAGACUGGAAGAGCCCACGACAACGAUGUCUCAAGCUCUAAAAGAAAGCGAUAUUCUGUUUCCGCACCUUUCCAACACACCGAAUUUAUCCAGCACCCUCUCUUCUCUACGCCGCUCAACAUUAUCAACGCACAACCGCCUUCAUUCAAUCAUCUCCGACAGCAUUUUCGUCAGUUCAGUCGCAUCUGCCUACGAUCUACCUCUCAUAGCCAAUGAACGUUGUGGAAGCUGGUACAUUCCACCAACCCAAAAGUCUGGAUCUGUCUACUUCAAGAGCACGGACGGUCACAUGGGCGAAUGGAGUUUCAGUUUGAGAAGACUAAAUCUGCAACUGCUGGAUGUGGUGGAGAAGUUUGGCGGUGCCGUGGUUGUGGAUAGCACGAGGAGGGGCAAGAGUAUGCCGGACGCGCUGAGCAAAACCAUCCCGACAUGGUGCUGUGUGAUCAACAGAGCUGUAUUCGGCAUAAUAGAGAAAGACGAGAUGCGAUUAUUCACGCCGCCACAAGCCGUGGGAGAAAGCGAGCAUGCGCAAAUGGAGAAGAGGAUAGACGGAUUUGUGCAACAGUUUCUGGAUAUCUGCAAACCUAACAUUGUGGACCUUCGCAGUAGGCUGAAGAAGCCGCUGCGGCCAAUAUGGGUAACACAACAAUCAUCUCUUCCGGAUGCCGCGCCUUCUUUUCCCGACUUCCACCCUGUCGUGCUCUGCACAGCAUCGCGACGGGUACGCGGUGCUGAAGCAUCCGAAAGCGGGUAUAUCCAGGGUGCUGCCGAUGACCACGAAGCAUGGUCUCAUGGACUCACGCCGACAGUCUUCUGGAAUAACAAGGAUGUGCUGAUGAAGACGAGCGAGGAAAACGCGCCAGCUCUGAUCGAAAGAUUGCUCAACGAAGACGGAGGUAGUAGUGCAGUUGCAAGUUUGAUCAAACCAACGUCCAGACUGUACAUCUCUCCUAGCGACCAGAUGAAGCUCGACGGAUUCGACGUUGUGAUCGGCUGUACACCAGAGCCCUUUGCCCCUUCGACACUAAAGGAGGCCGGAGUCAAACACUACUUGCACCUCAAAUGCCAAACCGGCAAACUUGGGUCGCGCGAUCUUCGCACUCAACUGCCUCGAAUUUUAGAUUUCUUCUCAUCCCUUUCAGAAUCAAUAGCCGGAAAGAUCCUCGUAUGCUGUCCAACAGGCAAAGAUCUAUCCGUCGGUACCGCCUUAGUAGUACUAUGUCUCUACACAAACGAAGAGGGAGCGAUGAAUACCAGUGCACCAAAGGAGACAAGUGCCAUUGGGAAAGCCUUCAUCAAGCAAAGACUCAGUUGGAUAACAACAAGCGACCCAGCACUAAACCCCAGUCGAAGCACGCUUCAAAGUGUCAACGCUGUUCUGCUCGAAAGCCAAGACCCAAAAGCUUUCCUGCAAACGAAGAGCACCAGCACGGGCACAGGUAUCACCACCUCGAUACCAAUCCGAGAAACAAGACCCCUGCCACAGGAACCACGAUCAGACGAGCCCUCUACACCCCAAACCCCAGAGCAAAGCCCUCCGUCAACCCCCAAAUCCAUUUUUGACAAUCUACGUACCUCAUCAGACAAAUCAUGGACCUUCACCCGUCAACUCCGCUCCGCCCUACCGACUCAUCCCUCGGGCACAGUAACAGGAACAGCGGCGUUCACGUCCUGCAACCUACCAGCCUCCUUCCCACCAACUCUGCUCUACGCCGAAGAAGGCGAGUUCUCCACAGACACGGGACUCAAGUUCAACGCACGCAGGAAAUACGUGUACCAACUCAAAACGUCGACAUCAGAAAGCACAGACGAGAAAGCAGGAGGAGACUACAUCGCCGUCCGUUUCUUCGACGAUGAGAAGAUGCCGCGAGCGGAUGUCGAGGAUGGCGUGGGAAAGAACGGGGAGGGGGUCGGGGGCUCAUUCGUAGACAUGGGUGAUUUAGAGACGAGUGGGAAGGAGGUGAAAGCCAAGAACAAGGAAACGCAUCUUUGUGCCGAGGAUUUGUAUACUGCUAGUUGGACAUUCGGACUAGGCAUUGUCAAUGGGUGUGCGGAGGAUAUGUGGUGGGAAGUGCGAUACGAUGUCAAGGGACCGAAGAAGGAUUAUGUGAGUACCACGAGGUAUACCCUCAUUUGACGGACAGAGAAGAG